UCUUAUGAAGUCUGUUUUUGGAUCAAGACAAAUGUUUUUCUAUUUUCAGUGUGUCGUAGUUAGGCAACUCAGCACUCUUCAAUAUUUUGAAUAGUGCUCAAACAACAAAACUGUUAUCAGAGAUUCAAAUAGCAAGUUUUGUGGAGAAUUCAAUUCUCUAUCGAUUGAGCUUAGAACCAACUCGGUGGACUGCCAGACAAUGCCUCAUGAACAACGAAUGAAAGUGUCCAAUUUUAUCUGGGCCACCCGAUAAAAGUGUUUAUGAAAAAUUUGAAAUUAAUAAAUUACAUCCCUGUGAUAUUAUCAUUGCAACUAACUUAGUUGGUACAGGUACACAUCUAGAUACAUCUGAUAAAUUAGAAGAAAAUGGUGGUUUACAUGUCAUUACCACAUAUUUACCAACAAAUAUACGUAUUGAAAAGCAAGCAUUCGGUCGUACAGCUAGAAAAGGUAAUAAAGGUACUGGUGAAUAUAUUAUUCUAAGUCAAUAUGGUGUAUCGAUUGAAAUAUUAAAACAAUUACGAAAUAUUCAAGAAAAAGAAAGAUUAGAUUCGUUUUUAAUCAAUGAUUUACCUAAAAUCAAAACUGAAGAAGAUUUAUUACAAGGAUUUGAUGAUGAUGAUGAUAAAUUAUCUUGUAUUGGUUUUACUAAAUUAUAUCAAAAGAUUGAAAAUGCAUUAUCAAAUGAUUCAAAAAUUAGAUAUAAUGGUAGUGAAUAUAAACAAUUUCAAUUAUAUAGUUUAAAAAAUCGAUGGGCAUUUUGGUUAGAUUCAAUGACUGAAUAUAUAAGCAGGAUAAAUGUUAUUGAAGUAAAUAAUUUUAAAAAAUUAAUUAUCGAACCAGUCGAAUUAAUUAAAUUAGGUAAAUGUUAUCGAAAUAAUGAAAAUUGGUCUAAAGCAUUAUUGUGUUAUGAAGAAGCUUGUAAUGAUAAGUUUUAUUCAUUUGCCAAUUAUUAUACAAGUUCAUGUCAUCAAAAAAUUAAUUAUGUCAAUGAAGAGCCGGAACAAUGA